CCCUGAAGCUUCUUCACUCAGCCCGCUCUACUUUUUUUCUCCGAUCGCACCCUACGCUCCUUGCUCACCGGAAUCCUUCACUUUGUCUCCGGUCAUUCUCCGACCGCACUCCUACCGCCAACUAGCAACUUCCUCCGUUCAUUCACUCCGCUUUCUUCUCCAGGCUCUGUGAAUCCGGUCUGCUUCUUCAUCUCCAUUUCCAUUUUACACAGAAACAAUUGUAAAUUAGUGUGUUUGGGUCGUGAUUCAUACGGUUGUAUAUAUAGAAUAUUUUGCUGUUUCAGCUGAUUUGGAAUUUGAGUAGUUGCCUUGAGCAAGAUAUUUCGAAGUCGGAUUAGGUAUGACUCGUUUCUGUUUUGGCAUGGGGGCUGAUUGGGGAUGCAUAAUUUGAAUGCUUGGUGUUCUGGGUUUGGCUAAAUUCGGCGUUUGCUUUAAUGGGUUGUGUUUAUUCUAAGGCCUGCAUUGGGCAGAUAUGCGUUCCGAGGGAUUUGGAAUUAAGGGACACUGGAAAUGUGAAGGUAGCAUCUGAGAACCCUGUGUUUUCGCCUACUUCCUCAGAUGUGGAGGAUGGGGACAUCAGGGAACAGUUAAACUUAAACCAUCUGAGUAUGAGCAGGGACCAUGAGAUUGGUAUAGCCAGGUCAUCUCGGGCUUCUUUGCAACAUUUUCCUCCGGAUGGGGGCUCGCAUAGUGCCAGAGUUCAAUCGGGGAACUAUGAGUUGAGGUACUCGUAUCUGUCUCAGAGAGGGUACUAUCCUGAUGCCCUUGAUAAGGCCAAUCAGGACAGCUUUUGCAUCCACACCCCUCUUGGGAUGAACCCGGACGACCAUUUCUUUGGGGUUUUUGACGGGCACGGAGAAUUCGGAGCCCAAUGUUCACAGUUUGUGAGGAGGAAGCUUUGCGAAAAUCUGGUUCGGAACAACAAAUAUCAUGUGGAUGUUGCUCAGGCUCUCCAGGAUGCGUUCUUGACCACUAACUCGCAGUUGCACGAUGAUGCUUUGGAUGAUAGCAUGAGUGGGACCACUGCAAUCACUAUAAUGGUACGGGGGAAAACGAUAUUUGUUGCCAAUUCAGGAGAUUCAAGAGCCGUCAUAGCUGAGAAAAGGGGAAGUGAGGUUGUGGCAGUUGACCUGUCGAUUGAUCAGACUCCAUUUCGUCAUGAUGAACUUGAAAGGGUCAAGGGUUGUGGGGCAAGGGUCCUCACCAUGGACCAGAUUGAAGGACUAAAGAACCCAGAUGAGCAAUGCUGGGAUACAGAAGAAGGCGAUGAUGGUGACCCUCCAAGACUGUGGGUACAAAAUGGGAUGUAUCCCGGCACGGCCUUUACGAGAAGUAUUGGAGAUUCUAUCGCUGAGACUAUCGGCGUUAUUCCCAACCCUGAAAUUACAGUUUUGGAGCUUACACAAAAUCAUCCCUUCUUUGUGAUUGCUAGUGAUGGUGUAUUUGAGUUUCUAUCAAGCCAGAAUGUUGUGGAUAUGGUCUCGAAGUAUAAGGAUCCCCAGGAUGCUUGUGCAGCCAUAGUCGCUGAAUCAUAUCACCUCUGGUUACAGUAUGAAACUCGCACCGAUGACAUUACUGUGAUAGUUGUCCAUUUAAUUGGAUUAAAUAAUACUGCGGGUGUUCAAUCAAAAAUUUAUGAAGCAGCCGGAAGAUUCCCUUUGCCUCAGGAUGCUGAAACAUCAGGAUCAGAAUCUCCAACUGUCGUGAGCUGGAAAUCAAGGAAUCAAAGAGAAAGAAAAGAUGCAUCGCAUGCAUCGUUCCAUGCUCUUGAGAACUCUCUUGAGAAUCCGCAGAUCUGGAUGCCUCCUUCUCCACGCCACAGGAAGACCUGGGAAGAAGAAGCACACAUUGAGCAGGUGUUGCAUGAUCAUUUUCUGUUUAGAAAACUGACCAAUUCUCAGCACCAUCUUUUACUGGACCGUAUGAAAAGGGUGGAGGUUCAAGCAGGAGACAUUGUAGUGAAUCAGGAUUCUUUUUAUGUUGUUGGAAGUGGUGAAUUCGAGGUCCUUGCUGCAGAGAAGGAGAAACCUGGAGAAGUCCCAAGGGUUCCGCAGAAAUACACUGCUGAGAAGCUGUCAUCCUUUGGAGAGCUGGCCCUGAUGCACUACACACCUGUGCAAGCUUCUGUUCGUGCGGUCACCAGUGGAACUCUCUGGGCACUUACAAGAGAGGAUUUUCGAGGAAUCCUUACAUCAGAAAUUUCUUAUUUGUCAUCAUUGAAACUGCUUCGCUCUGUAGAUCUUCUUUCAAGAUUGUCAAUCCUACAGCUAAACCAUAUAGCAGAUUGUCUUGCAGAAAUUACAUUCUCUGACGGGCAAGCUAUCGUAAAUAAGGGCGAAGAGCUUCUUGGCCUGUACAUCAUCCAGAAAGGGAAAGUGAAAAUUACAUUUGACAUGGACACUGUCAAAAGCAAAAACGCGUCAAGUCUUAUUUGUGGAAACAAGAACCAAGAUUUUCUUCCGAACAACAAGGGCAUGUCACUGCAAAAGACUGAAGGAAGCUAUUUCGGAGAGUGGACGCUUCUUGGUGAGCAUGUUGGCUCCUUAAGUGUCAUUGCUGUGGGCAAUGUCGUGUGCUCGAUCUUAACAAAGGAAAAGUUUGAUACAGUCAAGGGACCUUUGACCAAAUUUUCGCAGGAUGAUGGAAAUGUUUGAUUCAGCUGUGGACCCAUUGAUGAAUCUUUCACUGGAUCAUCUGCCCAGUUUGAGGCUUAGCUGUGUGGGCCCCCAUGUGUACUCUGCUGGAGGAUUUGCUCUCUAUUAUCUGUGACAAUCUGGACAGUUUGAGCCAUCAUAAAUUGCACCCCUAUCCUUGGCACCUCGGCGGUCUUACCAGAUGAACUAACCAAUUAUAUAGAUAGGAAAAUUUAAACAUCGCAAUGCUGAAAUGGAUUAGGAAAGGAUGUUAUCUCUGGGUGCAAUAUCGACCAGGUCUCAAAAAAUGUGUCGCAUAUCACCAAGGAGUAAAAAAAUUUGUUUGUGUGGAUGGUGGGCUUCAAGGACAUGAUCUACUUCAUGCUACAAGGUGAAAGAAGUGGCAUUUGUGGUUGGAUUUGGAGAGAGUUUCAACUAACUUUUGCUGGAAUUGCAAGACAGUUAAGUUAGCACAUCCAGAAACAUGUAGACAAAAAACAAAUGCAAGACAGAGAUUUGAGUAUAACUCACCUCUACCAUUGUCAUAAACUCACCCUUCUAUA